CGCACAGGUCUAACUCCGGUACAUUUCUUCUCCCAUGGCUCCACCAUGAUGCUGGGCGAGGAAAGCUCCUCGGCCGAUUACUGGCGCAAGUGCGGCGAUGAAGCGUUGGCGCAUGGGAUCAAGGGCGUUGUGAUCAUGGGAGCCCACUGGGACUGCCUCAACGACCAGAUCGAGGUAGCGACGAACCCGAACCCAGGCAAAAGCCCCGUGGCGUACGUCGACCCAUCGAAAUACGUCGACUACCCGCUCAACCCGGACCUGGCGACGUCGCAGCGAUGCAUCGAGCUCCUCGCACGCGAGGGCUUCAACGUACGCGGCAACGACACCUUCGACUGGAUCCACGACGUCUACCUGAUCCUGAUCCGCAUGUUCCCAGCGGGCUGCCCACCGACCACGAUCAUCUCGCUGAACGCGCGCUACGACCCGCACUACCACUGCAAGGUCGGCGCGGUGCUGCGCCCGCUCCGCCGCGAGAACUACCUGCUAAUUGGCACCGGCGGCGCCGUGCACAACCUGUACCGCAACCGCUGGGCGCCCAUGCUGCGCUUCCGCGACAACUUCGCCAUGGAGACCCCGCCCGAGCCCUGGGCCCUCGAGUUCCGCCAGGCCGUCGAGGACGUCCUCAUGAAGACCUCCGGCCCCCAGCUACGCCGCGCUAUGACCCGCCUCAUGAAACACCCCGAGUAUCGCGAUGCCCACGCCACUGAUGAUCAUUUCAUGGCUGCCAUGUUUGUCGCUGGCGCCAUGGGCGACUGGGAGGAUGAGGGCAGUCCCGCUGUCCUCGGCGCAGAGACCUGGGAAUUGACCAAUAUGUGUAAUUCACAGUUCACGUUGGGCGCAUGGCCGAUUAAGGUCUGA